AUGGCUGGCCAUUAUAUCCCAGGUUGGGGCGAGCUUGACGACGCACUUGUUGUUGUGCCAGAGGUCGCCAGAAUGAAUAUCCAACGCUUCGUACAGAACGAUACUCGUGUCGCUGUGAAGGAGGUUGAGUGUGAUUGGUUUAACCCGCUCGCUUGGGCACCAAAUGAUGCGAUCAACUAUGACGCGAAUGGCAAUAGAGAUUACAGCACCGGCAUUGACCGUUAUGAGAGUGCAGAGACAUAUCUUACAUUCACCGAACACUCUCCGAGCAAGAUACAAAUGCAAUUGUGGAAUACCGCGGGAGAAGUGGUGUCCUCGCAGCUCAAUGGCGAUACAGACUCCUCACGGAGUACGGAUGCCAUGGAAGCUUGUUGA